AUGAACAAUUUGGGUGAUGUGAAUCAAGAAGACGAGAUAAUGCAUAUCGUGGAGCUACCGGCGGCGACAGUCGAGUCGACCCUGUCGUCUUUUCUUGGACUGACCACGCUGGCGGGUCAUCCGCUGGAUGCGGCCGACGCGCCCACGUUGAUCAUGAAAAAAAAUUCAAUUUUCAAGGUGCGCCACCGUAGAUUUGGCACCCGACGAAGUGUGUACAUGGUGGAGGAGACUCGUUACUUCCGCGUCGGUGACUCGGAACUGCGAGUUUGGAUCGUUUACGAACGGCUACCGCGGUUGCGGUCAAAGGUCGGAAGUACGAGAAUUGCGUAUGUGGUCGAAAAGCUAACGUUCCGCCAGGAGGGACCUUAG